UUGAGUUUUUGACCUGAACACAUCAUGUUACCGAGUGUAAAAUGUUUCUCUAUCGCUUUAGGGUAUAAACAGUGCUAAUUUCGAUGUUUAUUCGAGUUAAAAUCGUGUGAUUAUCGAGUAGUGACGAGUGUACGAGUGCGUGUCGAGUUUCGGGCGGUUUUCGUAUUGGAUUGUCAUUUUUCGUGCUUGUAUCUCGCUCUCAGUGAUGUGGUACGUAGUACAAUUGAAGGCAAUAGUUGUUGAUUUAUGAUAGUUUGUGAUUACAAAUUAAUGAAUAGCUACAUGUGAAGGAGCCUGAGAGAAAUGAGCCAGAUGACAACAGAUGACAGCAUGAGCGAUGACGUGUUUGAGGAUGAUUCGUUGCGUGCGCCUGCGCAGCGCAGCACCCCCUCCCCCACCGGUUACAGGGAUUACCACCCACCCGCGGAGACCCCGGCGCGUGCUCAUAUAGACGAUGACGUGCCUAUACACAAGACUAUUCUACUUGGUGACAGCGGAGUUGGGAAGACAUCUUUAUUAGUUCAGUUUGAAACUGGAAAGUUCCAGGCAGGCAAUUUCUCAGCAACCGUCGGCAUAGGUUUCACGAAUAAGGUUGUGUCAGUCGAUGGCGUCAAAGUAAAGCUUCAGAUUUGGGACACCGCGGGCCAAGAGCGCUUCCGUAGCGUCACGCACGCAUACUACAGAGAUGCACAUGCUCUGCUCCUGUUAUACGACGUGACGAACAAGACCAGCUUCGACAAUAUCCGUGCCUGGCUCGGCGAGAUACGAGAGUACGCACAAGACGAUGUCGUCAUCAUGCUUUUAGGUAACAAAUCCGAUAGCGGCCUAGAAAGAGCGGUGAGGCGGGAGGAGGGGCAGCGUUUGGCAAGAGAAUACCAAGUCGCCUUUAUGGAGACAUCAGCCAAAACCGGAUUGAAUGUAGAAGCGGCGUUCGCUCACGUAGCGCGCUCUCUAGUCGCGAAAGCGAACCCAGUCGACCCUUCGAGGCUAUCGGUGCGCGCGCAGCCGACCCAGGAACAGAGGUCUUCGUGUCCGCCAUGCUUAUAAAUAUAUUUGCGCGGCAAUUUCAAAUUUGGAACGUCAUCUCAAAUAAAGAACCAUUUAAAAGUCUGUAGUUUAUGAAAUGUAAAUUAUUAUUAUGCUGAUGUAUGGCAAUGCUGUUUUUUUGAUUAAAAGCCUUUUGAUGAAUGUAUUUGAUGUGAUGAUGAGUAAUUCUAUUUAUAUAAAUAUUUUAAAUAUUGAAUAAUGACCAUACACUCAAUAUUAAGUAGAUAAUUCUAUUAGGUAGGUACCCUAUACAUUCAAAAAAUAUCCACAUAUGGAUUGUUUAAAUAGAAAAAAGAAAAAAAAAGUCUACUACUCUUUAUAAGCAUUUACCUAUUAAUUAUACAUGUUGAUAUUAAAUUCAUUGGAACUUAAUUCAUUAUUACUUUAU